UUGUGAUAUCAUGCGUGUUUCCGGAACAGUUGUUUUAGAUCAGUGGGUUAAAUAUAUUGCAGAACAUCAGUCGACUUCAGCGGAGUGGGAAAAUUAUGUUCAACCAGUAAGGUGUGUGAGAGUCUGAGCUCAGACAGACUCUGAUGCCUCCUUCACUGACUCGGCUCCAGCAGAGCGCAGACGGAACCAGUUGCGCACAUCGUUUCUGCAGGAAUACUGAGGAGAUCCUUUUAUUUCAGGACGUUAAAUCGUCCUUGCCAGACUGACAGGAUGUGAACUUGUGUUAUUGAUCACCGAUAAAGGCAAAGAGAACGGAGACUGUUAACUCAUGGCGCGGUGUGUGCGAAGGCGAACUUGAGGUAAGAAAGUCUACAUGAUUCCUCACGGCUUUGCAGCUCUUUCUGGAGUCAUUGGAGAUCAUUUCUUGCAUUUGUGAGGGUGUUUUAAAACAUUUUUUUAAAUAAAAAUUUCAGUCUGAUUGAAAUAUUGUCGGUACCUUUAUCCUAUAUCAGCACAAACUUACAGAAUUACAGAAUAAAUGCAGAAAAAAUACAGAAAAACAGCUAGUCCAAGAUGACUAUAACAAUUUUGCUUAAUCUUAAAAUAAUAUCACCGGGUCUCUCAUCAUCAUCACAUAUUUUGUUUCAAAUGUUUUGUUGUAAAUGAACCAUGCUGUCAAUCAACCACUUUCUCCCACAGAUUUUGAACUGUCAUGUCAGCCAAUGGGAGCUCAGAAACAGGCUGCAGGUCAGAGGUCAGACCAAGCAACACCACCUGCAGCCAUAAGGAGCUCUCCGUCACCACUUCUGCCAUCUCCAUGACCGUGGGCAUCCUGUCUAACAGCCUCGCCCUCUUCAUCCUCAUCAAAUCCUACAAACGCAUCCGGAUCAAGUCCAAGGCAUCCUUCCUGCUGUUUGCCAGCAGCCUGGUGGUCACAGACCUGCUGGGUCACCUCAUCAAUGGCUCCCUGGUGUUGUACGUCUACAGCUCCCACAAGAAAUGGGAGACAUUUGACCCUCAUCGUAUUGUGUGCAGCGUCUUCGGGGUGUGCAUGGUCUUCUUUGGCCUCAGCCCCUUGUUCCUGGGGAGUGCAAUGGCUAUAGAGCGAUGCAUCGGAGUCACCAGGCCUAUCUUCCACUCCACAGCAUUGGCAUCCCAUCAUAUGAAAAUGCUGUUGGGACUCACCUGGUUGUUGGCUGCGCUGGUGGCUGUGCUGCCUGUGGUUCUGUGGAGGCCCUACAGUGUUCAGAGCUCCAGGAGCUGGUGUUUCUUCCACAUGGAGGAGCCGAAAGACUGGCUGGAUGUGCUCCUACCUCUGUUGUUCUCCAUGCUGGGUCUGCUGGCUCUACUGCUUUCUAUUGUGUGCAACACUUUGACCAGCUGUGCACUGCUGCAGGCCAGACUGAGGCGCAAACAUCACUGCAGAGGCCCGUCUUAUCACAUAGAGAUGAUCUGCCAGCUCUUGGCGAUCAUGUUGGUGUCCUGUGUGUGCUGGGGUCCGUUACUGGUAAGUUUCAGUAUUUGUAUUGUUUUAAGUUUUGGCCUCUUUGUUGUUAUCUGUAUUUAAACUAGUAUCAGUAUUCCUAUUCAUAUCAGUAUCCAGAUCUUUUCCAGUAUCUGAAUACCAGUAUAUACUGGCUUCAGUAACAGCAUUGGUAUUGAUAUCAGCCUCCAAUCAGUCUAAACUUUGGCUAACAUCCAGUAUACCAACAUGCUAAUCCAAUAUUAUAACCUUUUUUCCACGAAACAGUCAGUUGUUUUGAUAGUAAUAGGAACUCUGCUUCAUUCCCAAGGUUGUAAUGAAAGUCAGAACUCUGUGGUAAAUUAGUUUGUAUCAUGCUGGUAUCAGUGGGGUCCGCACUGACCGAGACUCAAGUCUAGGUAUCAGGUAUUAAGAUCAGUGACCUGCGAUCAUUUCUUCAUAGUCAAUCUGACACAAAACUGCAAACAGAAACAACAACUUCUGUCGCCCUCUUACAUCAUCACAACGGGGUCAUAUCCAAUGGCAAGGGAACAAACUGAGACUCUAAAUACAAACCAUGCACACGCACGUGCACACACACACACACAUAUCAUGUCUGGAUACUGUUGGAUGAGAUUCAUUUUUGUUAAGUUUAAUUUGUAAAUUCCUAUUUUUCUCAGGAUAGAUGAGAUAAAUUGCAUCAUUUAACUUAAAAAUAGCUGUAAAAUAUAUUGGCUUGUAUACAGUAUACUGUUUUGAAUAGUGCACUCCCUUUUAAGUUUUAAUAUAUUGAAUAGAAUAUAUUAUUUAUUAUUCAUAAUUUAUUCAAAAUAAAAUAUUUAUUAUAUAUACAUAAAGUACAAUUAGACAAAACAAGGAAUUCCAUAUUUUUUGGAGAUCAAAAAGGAAUAGGUUGAAGCUAUUUAGCUGACAUAUACCUACCCUCGUUCCUCCCUAUUCAUUUACCCUUUGCGUGUCUUUAGAAUGGUUAUUAGUUGUUAUUGGCACACUGAUACUGUUUCCUACAGUGAAGUGAAUGUAUCAUGGUAAUUGAAGGUUCAGUUUUAUUACAGUCCUGGUGGACAUGCAUAGUUGCCCCUGUGCUCUUGCUGUCCCCACAUCCCAAAGGUAUAUUUAGUUAAGUGUAUUAAGUAUGUAGUCACAGCUGAGACCCCACAGCAACAACCAUAAAGUGACACAUCUUAAAUCAAGGUGUUACAGUAUCACACUGGGUAAAACAGUAAUAAACAUUUCCAGUGGUUUUACAAUCUCCUCACAGUUUAGUCCCACAUUUCUGCCCGUGCACAUGGUCAUGUUUGGUUAACAGUCUAUCCGUUUGUUGUUCCACACCAGUACAGUCUGAAAGUACCUUCGCCCACAUUGCCAAUGAUGGAGAAUCAAGACUCUGUCAACGUUGUGUAAUAGCUCUCCUUGUUUAGAGAUGGUUUAAAAAAGAUUUAAUGGAGCCCUGUCUGUUUCUGUGUUUGUAUAAAAUCCUCCACAUAUAUCCCAAGCACUUAGAGUUUGACAUUUAAAGGGAUUGUUAAAGGGAUUGUUGAAUCUGUGGACGGUUCCCGACAGUGAUCUGCUGGCAUGUCACAGUUUACUGAGUGUGCCACUGCGUGUAUCAUCAAAAGUGUACUUUUUUUUCUAUUCUAUUUUCUUUUUUUGUGGGAAAAGUUAUUUUUUGUGAAAUUGGUUCAUUUAGAAAUCAAAUCAGAGAAGGCUGCACUCACAGACUCCCAGUACCUGAUAUCCAAGCAAACACCCACUUCAAGGCGGCACUGAUAUUGCUUUGAACAUUUCCUUAUGCUGUCAUUUUUCUGAUGUUCAAACCACAGCACCUGUUUGCCAGCGUCUGACUUGAAUUUUGAGCAUAGAGGAAGAAAGUGUCAGACUUCCAGAGAAAUGGAAAUUGUUUUUAAAAUGCUGUAGAGCCCUGACAGCGUUUUAUCAUCUGCAAUGUUUGGAGAUUAUCUUGAACUGUUUUUAAGGUACUUUGUACUGUUGUUUUUCCAUUUUCACUCAGUCCUCCCUUCACAUUCUUCCCUGUAAAGCUUUCAUCCAUUUCCAAAUUUAUGGCAUUGACUCUGAAACACUUUAAGAGUUACCUGUUUGACCUUUCCUCUAAAUUCCUUAAAAUCUGCUUAGUGCUUUUGAUCUCUGAGUACUCCCACACACACACACCACGAUCCUCCAAAAUACCCACUUGAUCCUUCUCAAACUCAACAAAUAUGCCUUCUAUAAGACACCCUCUUCAUGUACUGUUAAUUGCUUCUCUAAUGAUACUCUGUCACCAACACCAUGAGCUCCUCACACUCCUUCUCCACCACAACACAGAAUAAUCAACACAUUUCUGUGCAGAUCCGUGUCAUCAUCUUGAGCACCAGAGCCUCAGGCGAGCCAACCUCCUUCAGUCUCCUAAUGGUGGUACGCAUGGCCACAUGGAACCAGAUCCUCGACCCGUGGGUCUACAUCCUCCUGAGGAAGGCUGUCCUGAGGAAACUCUUUGUGUUGUUUCACAGCUGCUGGGGCAUAAAGUCACAGGACCUUCACAGCUGGCAGCGCAGUAUGCUCCGCAGUUCAUUGGAGACCAGCAACCUGGCUGCCGGUCCAUCUUAUGGGCUUAGUAGAUUACCGCUGCCGGACACAGCAAUCAAAUCUAUCACCUGAGCCCUGAUGUGGUGACCUGAACUAUGAAACCCUGGCAAAAAAAGUAAAUAAAUAAGACAGGAAAAAGGGCUACUGAGAUGUUAAACUCUGGUGGAAUACAGAAGAAAAUAGUCGAUAUAUCCUUUACAAGACACUUAGGUUUUUGUCACCAUGAAUUACUAAGAAAUAUUGCCAUCUUGUAUCAUGUUGACUUCACCUUGUUUUGUGCAUCCAUUCAGUACUAUAUCUGUCUGCAAAGUUUCAUA